AUGACAGUAUCAGAGUGUUGUGUUCAAGGCUUCACAUGGGAUGGCACGCCUGCAGGGCGGACUGGCAAGCUGGCUUCGAAUGAUACUUAUAUCACUGGUGACAACCCAGACAAGGCAAUCAUGAUCAUACAUGAUCUGUUUGGCUGGACUUUUAAAAACCUGCGUCUGCUAGCAGACCACUAUGCCCGCGAGACGGGCGCAACCGUCUACCUGCCCGACUUCUUUGGCGGCGAGGUGGUCGCUCCGGAGCCCAUAAUCGAGGAGCGCUUCGCCGAGCUGAACCUGCCGGCGUUCCUGCAGCGCAACAGCCGCGCGGCGCGCGAGCCCGAGAUCUUUGCGUGCGCGCGGGCCCUGCGCUCCGAGCACGGCUUCCGCAAGAUUGGCGCCGCCGGCUUCUGCUACGGCGGCUGGGCCUGUCUCCGCCUCGCGGCCGCCGAGCACGCCUCCGCGCCCCUGGUCGACGCCAUCAGCAUCGGCCACCCCUCGCUCACGGUCGAGGCCGAUAUCGACAGCGUCAACCCCGCCAUACCCGUGCAGGUCCUGGCUCCCGAGUUUGACCACGCCUUUACCGCCGAGUUGAAGGUGUACACAUUUACGACGCUGCAGAAGCUCGGGGUCACGUUUGAUUACCAGCACUUCCCCGGCGCGACGCACGCGUGUUUUGUCCGUGGUGACGAGAAGAAGGCGGGAGAGCGGGCGGCAAUGAUUAGGGGCAAGAAUGCUGCUGUGAAUUGGUUCAAGGAGCAAUUGGAAUAG